CGACAGUACAUUGGGCAACUUCUUUGUGAGGAGGCAGGUGCUGAGGUGUUGUCUGUUAAUCGAGGGCAGAACCCAGGGAUGUAGGGUUAGUUUUAAUAAAAAGGACGAUGAGGUGACACUGAAAGUUCGCUGCAAAGAUGCAAAGAAUCCUCGAAGACCAUGUUAACAGAAUCAAUACGAAAGUAAAUGGGAGAAACAUCCUGCUAGCCACCGGUGUUACAUGUCUAGGGGCCUAUGGUGCACGGAAACUGUUUCAAUGCGCCUACCCAAAAAUCGUAGACAAGUUUCAAGGCAAUUCUUCGGUUGAUAAUGCCAAAAGGAGUAUUAAUUUCUUGACGACGCCUCCAGAUGAUGGCGAAGUUGCUAAAAAUGAAAAGAAACCGGGCUCACCACGUGUCAAUUUUGAUUUUGUGAAAGAGCUUUACAAAUUGAUUCGUGUUAUUUUGCCUGGAAUAUGGACAAAAGAAUUUGGAUUUCUCACGCUUCAUUCUGGUGCACUUGUAACCAGAACGUUUUUAUCCAUAUAUGUUGCUGCUUUAGAUGGUCGACUGGCAAGAAGCAUUGUUCAGAAAGAUGUUAAGAAGUUUUUAGCAUAUUUGUUAAAAUGGAUACUGGUUGCAGUUCCAUGUUCAUUUAUAAACAGUUUGCUUAGGUAUCUGGAGAAAAAAUUAAGCCUCGCAUUUAGGAACAGGCUUGUUACACAUUCAUACAAUCUCUACUUUGAUAAGCAAACUUAUUAUAAAAUUGGAAACUUAGAUAAUAGGCUUGUAAACCCAGAUGAAUGUUUGACAGAAGAUCUAAGACUUUUUGCAGAUUCAGUGGCACAUCUUUACUCCCACAUAACUAAGCCAUUGCUAGAUAUCAUUGUCAUUUGUUUCACAUUGAAAGGAAUUGCCUCAAAACGUGGCAGUUCUUGGGCUGUGCCACUGUCACUGGCAACACUUGUCACAUUUGCCACCAGUGAAAUUUUGAAGACAUUUUCACCUCGUUUUGGGAAGCUUGUAUCUGAAGAAUCACAAAAACGUGGAUACCUCAGGUAUAUUCACUCAAGGAUAAUCACAAACUCAGAAGAGAUCGCUUUUUAUGGUGGACACAAGGUGGAACUUAACUUGCUGAAAAGAAGCUACAAAGCACUGUCAAAUCAGAUUGAACUCAUAUUGUCAAAACGUCUUUGGUACAUUAUGCUGGAGCAAUUUUUGAUGAAAUAUUUAUGGAGUGCUAGUGGAAUGGUGAUGACGGCCCUACCAAUUAUUUAUGGUUCAGACAAUUUGCCCAAUGAUGAGAUAAAAGAUGGUGGAGAUGCAAUCAGUGAAAGAGCUCAAGCUUUUACAAUAUCACGUAAUCUUUUGGUUUCUGGUGCAGAUGCCAUUGAGAGAAUAUUUUCAUCUUAUAAAGAGAUAAUCGAGCUUGCUGGAUAUACACACAGAGUCUCGCAAAUGAUAAAUGUUUUUGAAGACAUAAACAAAGGGCAUUUUGUCAAGACUGGUAAAUUGAAAGAGAUAUCACAAGCGAAAAAUUAUGGUGUUCUGGAAGUAGAUUCUUUAGAUGGGGGUCUGGGUCAUGGCCAAGUCGUUGAUCUGCAAGGAUUGAUGAAGGUUCAAGCCAAGAAGACUGAUGGUGACAUUAUGCUGCAGAAUAUAUCAAUCAUUACACCCGGGGGUGAUGUCGUUGUUCCAAAUUUGUCGUUACAGAUUGACUCGAGCACCCAUCUGCUAAUCGCCGGACCAAAUGGUUGUGGAAAGAGCUCCUUGUUCAGGAUACUAAGUGGAUUGUGGCCUGUUUUCGGAGAUGGUCAGCUUGCAAUCCCUUCACCUCAAGAAAUGUUCUACAUUCCACAAAGGCCUUACAUGACUGUUGGUUCCUUGCGAGAUCAGGUGAUUUACCCAGACACCUUUGCGGACUUUAAAUCAAAAGGAGUGACAGAGGCAGAAUUAGCUGAAAUUCUUGACAAUGUAUAUCUUGGGUAUCUCGUUGCAAGAGAAGGGGGCUGGGAUGCAGUUAACGAUUGGAUGGAUGUGUUGUCCGGAGGUGAAAAGCAACGAAUGGGAAUGGCCAGAUUGUUUUAUCACAUGCCAAAGUAUGCCUUGCUCGAUGAAUGCACUAGUGCUGUCAGUAUUGAUGUCGAGGGCAGCAUUUUCCAGAAAGCCAAGGAUCGUGGGAUAGCGUUGUUAACUAUUUCCCAUCGGCCAUCUUUGUGGAAAUUUCACACACAUUUGCUACAGUUUGAUGGUGAAGGAGGUUGGCGGUUGGAAAUGCUUAAUACUGCCACACGGCUCACACUGCGUGAAGAAAAAGAGAAGCUAGAAACACAGCUUGCGGGAGUCCCUGAAAUGCAGCGAAGGCUGAACGAGCUUUGUACUCUUCUUGGUGAAGAUUCUGUCUUGAACAUAGCAAUAGAUCAAUAGCGAGUUGUCAGAUUUAUCACGUAAUUUCAUCUUCAAAUUAUAGGCUCUUUAAAUUGUUUCUUAACCUAGUAAUUUCUGAAUGUGUUCAUAAAAUUCAUGUUAAUGUUUGUUUGGUAAUCUAUUUUUAUUUUUGAGAUAGAGCAACAUUUUAACGUUUUGUUCGAUGCUCUAGUAAGGGGGAAGGGGGACUAUCCUGGACCUAAAUUUGCUGACGUCAGACAGCUCCUCGGAGUAGGCUUUCGUUUUACAAAGACUUUUGCUAAUGUAUCGUAGCAAUGGAUGUCUUACUUGCAGUCGAGCAACAUCGUUUAUGGACCAUUGAGAAUAUCUUUAUUUGCACGUGACUGAUAAGAUAAAGCUAAUUGGCCCAAAAAAUGACAGGUUUGAUUGAAACUUUCUCAUUUUAAGGCUCUUUAUGCUUAUCAAAUUCAAUGAGACAUUUGAAACAACAGCGCUUUUCAAGUAUUUCUUGGCUGCAAUUUCGACUUAAACUGUAUCUUUUCAAAAUUAGUCGCUGAAAAGUAGGCAUACUUUUGUCAUAAAUAGAAAUUUCCAUUGCCAAUGGCGUUUAUUGUAAUUGGAUGCAUUGAAUUUGAAAUGUUUGUCAAUUGUUGACAAUUGUUCAACUUAUUGGUGAGAAUAUUUAAUUUUGAGAAUUAGAAAGCUGCCUGUUUUAAGAAAUAUAUGCUUUGGAAAGAAACUUCUUACAUUUUUGCAUUCUUCUGCAGUUGCCUUAAUUGAAAAUUAUCUGGUUAUUCCUUACUGUAGUGUCCAAA